CUUGUUUGGGUAGCACUCCUCACAGGCCGUUUGGUGUAUGCUUUUUGUUGUUGCUGAGAUGAAACUGCCCAAACUCUGAAAGGCAGGUAUCUGGCUCCAUAGCGGCGGCAAGCACAAACAAUUUUGCAAACGCCAUGAUACCAAAGAAGAAGAAGUCGUAGUAGUACCCGGAUGGAGCUGUCAUGGCCGCCGUCGCUGAGCUGCAAGGCUGAAGAGAAAAGGAAGGUAAAUUCAUCAACGGUUGCGGAGCCCAUCCCCACAUCACCAACCCUGAGGGAGAAGACAGAACAUUCAUGUAAAGGCUUCCUUGGAAGGGGUAAAGGCCCAGUCGCACACAGGUGACUCAUACAUCUUUACUUUUCCAGGAUUUUCAUGACUGUACAAACCUUGUUUGCUGACCCAAGACUUGCUAUAACUGGGAGCCUGUAUAUUGAAGCAUGGAAGAGAACCUGAUGACACAGGAUGAUCCCGCUGAAAGCCAUGAUGACAUCAUGGAGGCUGAGGAAGAAAAGGAAUCCACAAAGGACCACACAGACCAGAUGGCAGGUCAAACUUCUGUGUUGCCAUGUAGUGACCAAUGUGACCCCGAUGAAACAUCUGAAGAGUCGGGUAGUUACAAGACAGACAGAAAAGCAUCUAUGAAGUCCCCAUGUAAAAUACAGCAGGGUGCAGUCUUCUCUGGGAAAAUACUUAGCUUUGGGUGUUCAGAGUGUAAGGGUGAAGCUACCUACAGCCCCAAUGACCUCCUCAAACAUUUUCAGGUGGCCCACAAGGGAACCCUGCCGACGUAUCCAUGUGACUUGUGUGGCUUUGCCACAAAUGAGUUCCCUGCACUUCAGCGCCAUCGGAUUGGGCACAGGAACACUUUAGUCACAUGCGAGAUCUGUAAUGAUGAUGUACAGUACUCUCUCCUCCUGCUCACUAGACACUAUAUCAUGUCUCACAGCCAGAAUGGCCACUUUCACUGUGAAAAAUGUGAAUUUUCAACAGUUGACGCAGGAACAUUUGUGCAGCACAUCCAUCAUCACAAUGAGAGCCAGCUCAAAUGUAUGAAAUGUCAACAUGUGAGCUCUAACCGAAGUGAGCACCAGAGGCACCUAAAACUCUACUCGGGUACCUUCCCCCUCACGUGUCUGGUCUGUGGAUAUGGGGCAGCACGGAGAGAAUACCUCACAAAGCACAUGGUAACUGUCCAUGGUGAGGAGGCAGACAAUAAAAAUGUAUGGAGAGCAACGGAGGACAGCAACAAUACCCUGGUAAACUCCUCUCCAGGAUUAAAACUCCUGCUGAAGAAAAGUCUUGCUGCAGGUGGUCAAUCAAAGGAAUCCCAGUGGAUGUCAAAACUGAAUUCUCUUCCUGGAGUGGGUUUACAUAACCAAAAUGGAAGGGUGCUGAAACCAGAGAAAACAUUGGAGGAAUCCCAACAGUUUCAUGAAAGGGCUGUAGGCGUGAAAAAGGACAGUAAGAAAUGGUUCAAAGGUGCUCUUAAGAAUGAGCAACAAAUUGACUCCCAGGCUGUAUCAUCUAUACCACCACCAAAGACCCAGGAAGGUUUUGACAGUUAUGGGGCUGACGCCCUAAACCCCAACAACUCCAAUGGACUAACUGUUCUCAUGGUCAAAAAUAAAAUCUCUAUUCCACCUAACUGUACUACAAAAGUCAUGGGCUUCAAGAUGGUUGACGGUAAAAAGCAUUUAGUUCUCAAAGUUAUACCAACAGCAAAGCCAGAGUUCUCUGCAGAAAAUGAAAUUUUAUCUACAGAGCAAGAAGUGGACUGCCCAUUGAUAGGCACUACCUCUGAUGGAAGUAAAUGCUCAGACAUGGCUGAAAAUGGGGAAAAUACUAGCUCCCCUUACUUGGCUGUUCUAAGCCCCUCAGGGACUGAUACCGAUGCUGCAAUUUCAGUACAAGUGAAGCCAGAGGAAGAGGACGUUAGCAUUGAGGAGACAUUGCCCAAACUGGAGAAACUAGCACAGAAAGCAAAACACACAGUGGAGCAGAGGAUUGAUAAACAACAUACGUUUAAGGGUGACCAGAUUCCUUCCUUGGCAGUUUCUCCAAUGACUAAAGAGUCAGAUCACUCCACGAUUGAGAACGGUAAACUGAGUAACAAUACAGCAGACAAAAUGUCUGCUUAUUCAAGCCCUAAUGUGACUGCUGUGGAGCUCCUUCCAGUCAAAAUACUCACACAUAAUACCAUGCCUUCUGAAUCAGCUUAUGAGACCAUGCUUCCCAAACCAGUUUCUGAAGAGACAAUCAACAUGCUUGGAGUUGGUGACAUGAGUACAGCUACUGCUGAUAAGAUCAGUGACCCCAUUAAUGGAAAUUCGUCUCGGCCCAAAGGAGAGACAUUACCCUCCAACGACAAACCUAAGACUCCCUCAGAACCCAUGACUGAUGACAUCCAACCUUCUAAUGAUACUGCUGAGAAGACUCAUUCGGUUAUCAAGGAGAUGGAUCCUUCUGAUUCUACGUCCGAUAAGAUUAAUUCCAGUGUGGCUACUAAAUCUGAAACUUUAUCGCCAGAUCUGACAGCCCAACUGGAGUCACACCCAGCUGACUUUGUCAACUCCAGAGAGACCGAUAUUAAUGCUGAAAAUAAGAAUUCUCCUAACCAAGAGUUGUUUAGUUUUCAUAAUUACUCAAAGGAAACAUCAAGCAUUUCCUCCAACUCAGCACAACCUUGUAAAAAUCCAUCAGAGCUUUCGACAGAGGAUGAAAGUGUUUGGAUGAAAGAAUGGAGUUUGACAUUGGCUGCGUCCCCACAACCUCCAGAUGAGGGGUCUGGAAAUGGGGAAGCGGAGACAGAGAAUGUAAUGGAACGCGUGUCAGACCGUGGCGUUGAGGUCGACGAGUGCAUAGCUACUGUAGAGGAUCUGGCCACCCCAGUGGAAACUGAGAAGGCAAAUCAUGGACACUCUGGGUCUACACACCAGGUCCAACCUACUGUAAAAAUGGAGGAGUGUGUUCCUUUGUUGGAAAGGGCAACAGGGAGCAUGAGUAGUUUGGCUGUCUUGGGUCGCAUACUGGAGGAGCAUUCGGAUGCUAUCAUUAGCCACCAGCUUGAAAAAGAUAGAAUAGGCUGCUCAGCUGCCAGCCACGAUUCUGUCAAGCCACCUACGACUAUGCUAAGGAUCCUUAAAACAGCAGAGGGAAAGCAGCAGAUGUUGUUACAGACUGCAAAGAACCGGUAUGCUGUACCUGUGCAGCUCCAAGGCAACCCAGGGUUCAAGCUGAUAACCAAAUCUACUCCUCAUAUCAAUGUGUCCUAUGUUAAGCCAGGAAUUGAAAGACAGAAUAAAACCACAGGGCUGGCACUCACCCUCAAUGGAGGAAGUUUCAGCAUUCUAGGACAGACUGUAGGUGCUAGUGAAAAAUGUGCUAUGCUGUUGUCUACUGUUCAGCCUGGAUCUAGCACUAGUGCAAGCCACUACCUAGUCAACAGCACAGCUCUUAAAGGUCCUCUUGUCUUGUCAGGUGCAGCACAUAGUUCUACUGGGGAAAAUACCAUAAAGUCACCGCAGACUAGUUACUUAGUCCAGAGGCCAGUCCCUGUAGGUCAGGCCCCCCACAAUGCUGGUAGCAAAUUGGCACGCUUAAGCUCUCAGUCUCCACUUUUGUCCCGUCCAGUUCUGGCAAAGUCUGCAAACUCAGUGAACAGAUCCACUGCAUUGCACACUGGGCAACAAGCCUUCUUGGUUAGGUAUAUCUCUACCGCUAAGUCAGGGAUGCUUAUGAAUAGUCCUGAUGGGAAGUCUGUGAACCAGAAAGGUCAACCUAAUGAAAGUAGGGGAAAUAAAGUUGUAUAUAAGAUAGUCAGAACUGCCAAUGGUAGCGCGUUCCUUUCUGGUGGUGCACAUUCCUCAGCCAACAAGCCCAUUUAUCUGGCCACAAAUUCCACACAGAUGCCAUGUUUUCUGAUGUCAUCUAAUAAAGUCUCAUCCGGAGUGAAAAAACUGAUAUCCAUACAAAAUGCCUCACACAACCCUGUCACGGCCUCACAGCUCUCAAAUCUUCUUUCCCCCCAAUCCAACUUGCAAGGUAGGGUCAGGCAGAUAACGGACGUAGGUCUGAAUAAAUCCCCCCUUGACCCAAGGCCAGGUCGCCAGCUAAGUCAAAGGAAGAGGCGCAGGAAAGCAUUGUGUGAUGAACUCCCAGAGCACUUGACUAAAGCAAGGAGGCUCUCGAGCAAGGCGGUAACUGAAAAAGGGUCUCCCUUGCUCUGGGAGCCUGUACCCAAAGAUGCAGAGAGGACACUGAGACUGUAUCCAUUAAGUUCACUACAAGAGAUUAAGUGCCCUCGCCGAAAUCAGCCGGUAGUUGUUCUCAACCAUCCUGAUACAGACAUUCCUGAAGUGUCCAGUAUCAUGAGGUCCGUCAACAGGUACAAAGGUGCUGUUUCCAAGGUGGUACUGUCUCAAAACACAGUUCAAGCUUUGGCUGAACUCUGCCCAGCCGGACUUCUGGGGAAAUGCUCCAAGGCUAAAUGUCCCUCGUCACAAAGCAGUGGCUCCAGACUUAAGACUUCAAAAAGCAGAGUCCGAGAGCGAUUUCUGUUGAAACUUAAGUUUAGAAAGUCUAGCAGGAAAAAGUAUGAGGUGGUGAAGUCCUCAUUUAGAGCUACAGAGAGGUCAUCAAUGUUCGCCUGCUGGUUUUGUGGUCGACUCUUCAAGAACCAAGAGGAGUGGAUUGGCCACGGCCAGCGGCAUCUCAUGGAGGCGACCAGAGACUGGAAUAAGCUGUUUUAAAGCUGUUACAAAGCCCCUGGAUUGGCCCACAUACCGUCCUAUAGAGUGGAACAAAUGGAGAGGUUAAAGCAUUUUAAAAAUUACUUAUCAGUAUACUUUAUUCUUAUAACGGUGUAUAUUCCCAGAAAUGCCCGAGUAGCUAUGAUUGAAUCACGGUUUUUGAGGUUGUUGAUGUGUGGUGUAAGCUGAAACACGUGCCAGUCGAGUUUGGACACACCUACUCAUCUAAAUUGUACAAUAAUAGGGAAGACAUCAAAACGAUGAAAAAACACAUGGAAUCAUGUAGUAACCAAAAACGUGUUAAAACAAAUCAAAAUAUAUUUUAUAUUUGAGAUUCUUCAAAGUAGCCACCCUUUGGCUUGAUGAUAGCUUUGCUCUCUCUUGGCAUUCUCUCAACCAUCUUAACCUGAAAUGCUUUUUCCAACAGUCUUUAAGGACUUCCCACAUAGGCUGAGCACUUGUUGGCUGCUUUUCAUUCACUAUGUGGUCCAACUCAUCACAAAUUAUCUCAAUAGGAGGCCAGGUCAUCUGAUGCAGCACUCCAUCCUUCUUGGUCAAAUAGCCCUUACACAGCCUGGAGGUGUGUUGGGUCAUGGUCCUAUUGAAAAACAAAUGACAGUCCCACUAAGUGCAAACCAUGCUGGUUUUGUGCAUUGAAUUCUAAAUAAAUCACUGACAGUGUCACCAGCAAAGCGCCGUCACACCACCACCUCCAUGCUUCACGGUGGGAACCCCACAUGUGAACAUCAUCCGUUCACCUGCUCUGCGUCUCACAAAGACACGGCAGUUGGAACCAAUCAUCUCAAAUUUGGACUCAUCAGACUAUGGACAUAUUUCCCCCAGUCCAUUACUUGUGUUUCUUAAAAGAUUAAAUUGAUGUUAAUCCAGCCGCUUUGUCAGAUUUUAAAAAGGCUUUACGGCAAAAGCAUGCCAUUAUCUGAGGACAGCGCCCAGCAUACAAAAGCAUUAAAACAUUUUCCAAACCGGCAGAGGCGUCACGAAAGUCAGAAAUAGCGAUAAAAUAAACAAUUUACCUUUGAAGAUCUUCCUCUGUUUGCAAUCCCAAGGGACCAUAACAAAUGGUAAUUUUGUUUGAAAUAGUCAGUUUAGUUGGCGCUCUUGAUUCAGUAAUCCACCUGUUUCACUCGUUGAAAAUGCAUACAAAGUAAUACCAAAAGUUACCAAUAAACUUCAUCCAAACAAGUCAAACAACGUUUCUAAUUAGUCCUCCGGUACCCUAAUAUUUAAAUAAACAAUACAAUUUAAGAUGGAGAAUAGUGUGUUCAAUACCGGAGAUAAAUAAUGAAGUGCGUGCCCUCAUCCCCGCGUGCCACAAGACUACAGUCAAAAUGAGAGCCACCUUGAAAAACUACAAAUUCUAGCUAAUUUAAAUAAACAAGCCUGAAACCCUUUCUAAAGACUGUUGACAUCUAGUGGAAGCCAUAGGAACUGCAAUCUGGGAGGAUUUCCUUUGAGUUUCCCAUAAACAAGCAUUUUCAAUGGUGACCUAAAAAAAUAAUUCCAGGUGGGUUUUCGACCUGCCAUAUCAGUUCUGUUAUACUCAGACAUUAUUUUAACAGUUUUAGAAACUUCAGAUUGUCUAUCCAAUACUACCAAUUAUAUGCAUAUCCUAGCUUCUGGACCUGAGUAACAGGCAGUUUACUUUCAGCACGUCAGUCAUCCAAUCUUCCGAAUGCUGCCCCCGAGCUCUAAGGGAAGGAAUUCCACAAAUUAACUUAAGGCACACCUGUUAAUUGAAAUGCAUUCCAUGUGACUACCUCAUGAAGCUGGUUGAGAGAAUGCCAAGAGUGUGCUGUCAUCAAGGCGAACGUUGACUACUUUGAAUAAUCUCAAAUAUGAAAUACAUAUAUGAAAUACAUAUAUUUAUUUAUUUGUUUUAAUACUAUUUGUUUUAACACUUUUUGUUGGUUACUACAUGAUGAUUUCAUGGUUUUGAUGUCAGAACUAUUAUUCUACAGUGUAGAAUUUAGUAAAAAAAUAAAGAAAAACCCUGGAAUGAGUAGGUUUGUACAAACCUUUGACUGGUACCAAAUGUGGUUUGUGUAUAAUAUAAGAAUAUAUACAUAUGACUUAACCCUUUACACUCGUGGGAAUUGGCCAAUAUGGAUAGGGCUAAAUUUAAAUGUUUCUUAUUUCUUCUAUAUGAAAAUGCAUAACUAUAGUAGCAAUUGAAAGGGAACAGUUUGACGAUCAUGGGAACAUUAUUAGACCAAAGGUGAGGACAACGGUUCACCUGACAGUCCACUGUUGAGUUUAUGUGCAUUUUACAUUUACUUUCUCUGCAUUUGUUGAUAAUAAAAUCAGAAAAUACUCUGGAAAAUACAUUCAAUAACAUAAGAAUUUUCCUGGAAAAUGUGGGGUUGGUGCAAAAUAAGACAAAGAAGUUAGAGGACUAACUGUUGUCUCCAAGUGGCCACACAACUCUCCAGAGUGUGCACAGUUCCUAAGUAAUUUCAAUACACUUCAACUAUAAAGGUGCUUUUUUGAGCUCCGCCUAACUGUGCCAUUGAGGAAUUAGAGCAAGCACACUUUUAGUUGUUUUGUUUAGAACACAACCCUAUCUUCCUGCAAUUGCACAAUUACUGUUGUUUACUCAAUCCAAAAACGGUCCAUUAUAAAUCGUGAUCUGGGUCAGGUGGGCAUCAUUUGAAAGCUUGUUCUAUUGCCAGCAUGACUAGCUUAGUUAUACAAUAUUGAAGUGUUGGGUUUUCACAAUGCAAUUCAGGGAAACCGAUCACAACGUCUUGUUGCGUGAGGUGCUCAAGUUCAGUACUGCUAUCAGUCAAAACCCAUACAGAGCUGUGAAUAUCGCAGAGCCAGAGCUCUGACGUCAUGUAUAACAUGUUACUGUACAGCCACUGCCUUUCAAUAUAGGUGUUUAUCAGUGCCCAAAUCUGCCAUUUUAACCCGUAUACAGGUACGAGUGUAAAGGGCUCCACUCUCAUAUGUAUGUACAGAUGGAAUUGAACUGUGAAGACUGGGCACACUGUAAUAGAGCAUAUUUGAGAGAGCACUGGUUUUAAAGGAGGGGGACAUUGUUGAUUACUUAUUUUUGUAUUCAGAAAUACACCAAAUUACUCAGGUGAUUUCAUAUUCUCUGAUUCAACUAAUCUGGUUUGUAACAUAAGCUAUUCUUUUAACAUUUAUCUGCUUUUCAUAGGUUUUAGAGAGCAUUGUGGGGUAAUUGUUUCCUUUUAUUUAUUCCCUGUAUUACUUCCAUUCGUAAGGUCAGAACUUAAUUUGUAUACCUGAAAUCCAAGCAUUUUGUUUUUCAUGUUCUCUUCAGUUUUUAAAGUUUUGUUUUACUAGUAUACAAAUAGGCUAAAUGUUUUUUGUAGCAGAUAGUGACUUCAGAAAGUAUUCACACCCUUUGACUUUUUUCACAUUUUUUUUAAUGUUAGACAGAAUUUAAAAUGGAUUACAUUUAGAUUUUUUUUACUAAUUAAUUGAAAAUGAAAAGCUGAGAUGUCUUGAGUCAAUAAAUAUUCAUCCCCUUGAUGGCAAGUCUCUAAGUUCAGAAGUAGAAAUGUGCUUAAGUCACAUAAGUGCAAUAGUUAACAAAAUAUAUAUGUAAUGACCUCAUCUCUGUAUCCCACACAUACAAUUAUCUGUAAGGACCCUCAGUCGAGUGUUGAAUUUCAAACACAGAUUUAACCACAAAGACCAGGGAACUUUUCCAAGGCCUCGCAAAGAACGGUACCUAUUGAUAGAUUGAUAAAAAUAAUAAAAUCAGACAUUGUAUAUCCCAUGGUGAAGUUAUUAAUUACACUUUGGAUAUUGUAUCAAUCACUACAAAGAUAGAGGAGUUUUUACUAAGUUGCCGGAGAGAAAACUGCUCAGGGAUUUCACCAUGGGGCCAAUGAUGACUUUCAAACAGUUACAGAAUUUAAUGGCUGUUAGAACUGAUGGAUUGACAACGUUGUAGUUACUCCACAAUGCUAAACUAGUUUACGGAGUUAAAAGAAGGAAGACUGAACAGAAUAAAAAUAUUCUAAAUCAUGCAUCAUGUUUGCAACAAACUAAAGUAAUACUGCAAAAUGUGGCAACGCAAUUCCCUUUUUUGUCCUGAAUACCAAGUAUAGUGUUUUAUUGGAUUUGCCCAAAACAUAUUACCACUCUCCAUAUUUUCAAGCAUAGUGGUGGCUGCAUCAUGUUAUGGCUAUGCUUGUCAUCAUUAAGGACUGGUGAGUUUUUCUGGAUAAAAAAAGAAACGGAAUGGAGCUAAGCACAGGCACAAUACUAGAGGAAAGCCUGGGUGUUUGCUUUCCAUCAGACACUGUGAGAUUAAAUUCACAGUUCAGCAGGACAAUGAUGUAAAACACACGGCCAAAUCUAGUGGCAGAGUUUUGACUUAAAUCUGCUUGAAAAUCUAGGCUAGACCUAAAAAGGGUUUAGCAAGGAUCAACAACCAAUUUUUCUUGGUUAAGGGCUUGUAAGUAAGCAUUUAAUUUUAAGGUCUACGUGUUGUCUUUGGUGCAUUUGACAAAUACAAUUUGGUUUAAAUUUGGCAUUUUGAAGAAUUUUGUAAAGAAUAAUGGGCAAAUGUUGCACAAUCCAGGGUUGGAAAGCUCUUAGAGAUGUAUCCAGAAAGACUUGCAUCUGUAAUCACUGUCAACGGUGAUUGUAACAUGUUUGAGAAGUUGUAAACCUUUUUUUUUUUUUUUUACUUUGACAUUUAGACUUUUGUGUAGAUUGUUGACAAAAGAAGGACAAUUUGAAUCCAUUUAUAUCCCACUUUGUAACAACACAUGUGGAAAAGUCAAGGGGUGUGAAUAAAUUCUGAAGACACUGUACAUACAUUCUGGUUUGUCUCACUGUUUUACCCAUUUCUGGGGUGACAUAAAUGUUUUAGUUUAUUUUACUGCAACACAAUGCCAUUGUCUAAUUUCUUAAUUUUCAGUGUUUGACUUUAUUACUGAUCACAUACUUAUGUUGAGUUUCUCUCUUAACAGUUUUUUUUGUUUGUUUUUCCACAUCCAUGUUCAGUAUGAAAUAAUAACUCAGCUGAUCAGUUAAUGCAUGAGUGAUACUUUACGAUAAAUUGAAAUUGAGAAAACAUAAUUUGAGUAAGAUCUCACUAUAUGGGGAUUCACACUAGCGGAUUUACUAACGGAAGUACCAAUCGCAAUGUCUGUUGGUGGCGAAUGAGGUGAGCACCUCUCCCCUUCAUGAGACGCCACUCACCCGCUUCUGGUCUUUCUUAAGCGUGCCUCUUGCGAGCAGAGAGGUAUCUCACCCAUUUGAUCAUAGAACCAGGCUUAUGCAAGUAACUGUUUCAGGACAUCUCUUUUACAAGAGAUUUACGAUGCUGCGUGUUGGGCCACCCCACAUGAGGUUUUACCGGUGGCCCAACCAACAUCCAGCAUCUCAAAUCUCUUUAUAAGAGAUGCCCUUAAACAGUGCCAACGAUGUAUGCGCCUUCAAACCCUUGAGGGGCUGCAAAUCUCUGCUAUUAUAAGCUAAUAUAAUAGUGUCCACUAUCCAAUAGGGAUAGCUUUUGAUGAGAUCGGGGCCCUCCCUUGCAGGUGUACGCCCAGGGAAUACAGUUGGUCACCCUUUUCCUAUGCUCUCGAUCAAUUCAAGUAUAUGAGCAAAGCACGUACCGGGCACAAACUGUGGAGACACUACUUCCGUAGAGGUGAAUGACGGCGGGUGGAAAGCCAUAAGCUCUUAGGCUAGACAAUUGUAAUUGUCGCUGACCUUUAUGAAAGUGGGGUUGAGUAACAGUAUUACCUUGGAUAACCCUCGGGCAAACUGUAGGCACGAAUGGUGAACUGAUGAUGCAUGUAGCUCACUCACUCGUUUUUUUGGAUGCAAGGACAAUCAGUAAAGCAGUUUUGAGGGAGAGAUAUUUCAUCUCCACGUGUUCCAGCAGCUCAAAAGGCUGCCUCAAGCACAAUAGACUGGUCCCAAAGCGGAGCUAAUGGCUUGGAGACGGGGCGUAACCAAUACGCUCCCUUCAUAAAUCGACAUAAGAGGAUGUUUUCCUUACUGUGUUACUGUCGAAGCCUGUAUGACAGGCCGAGAUGGCUGCUAAAUAUACAAACUGGUCGCACCACUUCUCAAAAACAAGAGUCAAGCCUGUUGUAUUCAGAUUUAUCCUCUCACGGGCCAGUCCCAGAGGACGAUGGGCUAGGUGGAGAUCAAGUGUGUCAGUAGAUCCUUGCAUAACAGUAUCUGCCAGGGCUCACCGUAAAGCAGGAGCGUGAUCUCUGCUAAUCAGAGCUUGCCUGGCCAUCAAGAUGAGGGAUAAGCGUUCUUUAGCUCAUGGCAUGGGCUAACCAAGUCUCGAUAGCUAGCCUGUGACACACUACCACCGGUGACUGAGGAGUAGAAAAUAAAUUCUACUCGAGGCAAAACUACUUUCAGUGAAUACUCAACACAUCCGACAGGAUUUGGGGACCUACGUUCAGCAGCGUCAACCUUGCAGUUCACCAGAGAACAGUUCAUUAGGAAGACUGAAAUCUUGAGGAGAGCUUAAAGAGUUAUAGAGAACUCUUCACAAGGAAAAGCGGUGUGAAUGACCAGAGGCGGGUUGAGUAGUGUCUUAUGAAGGAGGAGAGGGACUCACCUCAUUCGUGGGAUACUGUAUGAAAUGACAUUUCAAAUAGAACAGCUAACUUAAAUAACCAACACAACCUUAUUUUUGUCUUUGCCCUUGCAACACUGCGCUAUGCGCCAGCCGGCGCAACGGGGAUGAGUGAGUGACUGGCAUCGCAAAGCCACCUGAGUUUUCCAGCCUGGUCAUUAUGUCUUUGUUGUAGGUGCAUUUGCAAUGAAAAUUAAUAUCAGUGUUGACAUAAAACAAUCACUGGAAUCAAGCAGUUUAUGCAACUGUCAGUUAAAAAUAUAUAUAUAUAUUCAUGACAAUUGCGGGGUGACUGAAUUUAAUUUGCAUUGUAUUCUGUUAGUUUUUCUCCAGUGGGUCUAUGAUGUGAAAAUGCAGGCUCUUACUUUUAUGUGCAUUGGCUGUUUCGUCGAUUUCGGAUUCGUGCUGUAUAUGGGGUUCGUGAAGGUUUUUAGUGGUACAAGUUGGACGUUCUAAUGAGUAAUGUACAUUUUCCACAUUUAGUACUAUUUUUAAUGGGCAGACAAAUCUGUUCCCCAUGAUCAAAGCUUUAAUUGAAAGUUAAAUUGAAAGAGUAGUUCAAAAUGAAUAGGCCUACAAAAUAUAUUAUAUGGCUUCAUGAAAGACUGGUAAAACAGGACUACACUAGACCACAAAUAAGACAAAACCACAGUUUAAACAGCAACCACCAGUCUGCAAUGAAUGACACACUGCUACUCAUUUCAUUUGUAUUUCUUUUCAUAUGCUAAUUGAACACCUGUGAUUUCCAAUGUCCAAUAGAUUUCUUGUGUAAUAGUAGAGGGAGUUCUGUUAACACUUUUCUGAAGCAUCUGUACAAUUCAUUUGACAAAUUACACUUGACACAACAUUGUUCUCUUUCCAAUACCUCAUCAUUCGACAAACAAAUAAUGAUUCUCUUAGUUUUAUGAAAUUCUCCUCUGGAAAAAAAUUACAUUAUUUUGUUUUAAUAUCCCUGUCAGAAUAGUUGCCGGGUCUUUUUUACCUGAGAAUAAAAGUAAAAUGUUUUUACGCCAAGUGCCUCAAAUGUUGUGCACCAGGUUGACACAAAAUUGUACUGUAUUCACCUUGUGGUUCUAUCUUCUCAAAUAAAUGUAAAUACUUUGGAAAAUAAGCAAU